CAACAGUAUACAUAUACAUAUAUCUAGAGUUAGAGUCAAACCAAACAUAUAUAUAUAUAUAGUCUCAAAUCACUUAUCAAAUGACAUUAUGUUAGUUUAUAUGUAACUUCUAUCAGACUGUUUCUUGUCGUGGUUGAAUUUCUAAUUUCUAUUCGCCUUGGCUUUUUCUACAUGCAGUUGUUCAGACCAAAGGAAAAAACAAAACGCAACAACAUAAUAAUAAUCGAAUCUGCAAAUUUAGAGGUAUAGAUAGAACAACAAAAUGGGAGAAAAAGAAGAGAAGAAAGAAAAAGGCGAGGAAAUCAUCACGGCCGUUUACAAGGUUCACCUUCACUGCCGGAAAUGUGCCUGCGACAUCAAAAAGCCCCUCCUUCGAUUCCAAGGGGUUCAUGGUGUGGAGUUUGAUUUGGAAAAGAAUGAGAUCAAAGUAAAAGGGAAAAUUGAAGUCGUGAAGAUUCAGAAGCAAAUCGAGAAAUGGAGCAAGAAAAAAGUAGAGCUUAUCUCUCCCAAACCGGCCGAGGUUAAGAAAACCACCACUACAACAACAACCACUUCUGUGGUAGAGAAGAAGACCACCGAGGUCAAAAAGGAAGUUAUCCGUACAACAGUACUAAAGGUACACAUUCAUUGCGCUCAGUGUGACAAAGAUCUUCAGAACAAACUCUUGAAACACAAAGCUAUUCACACCGUAAAAACGGAUACAAAGGCGCAAACCCUAACGGUACAAGGGACAAUAGACUCCGCAAAACUUUUAACUUAUAUAAAGAAGAAAGUUCACAAACAUGCAGAGAUCAUAAGCUCAAAGACUGAGGAAGAGAAGAAGAAAGAAGAAGAGGAGAAGAAGAAGAAGGAAGAAGAGCAGAAGAAAGAAGAGGAGAAUAAGAAAAAGGAAGGAGAGAAGAAGAAAGAAGAAGUAAAAGUAGAAGUGACCAAAACGACUACACAAGUUGUGGAGUGGAAAGAGACAGUAAAAGUUGAGGGUCAAAAAGAUAAAGAUGGAAACAUACCUUACUUCGUCCACUACGUCUACGCUCCACAGUUGUUCAGUGAUGAAAACCCUAAUGCUUGUUGUAUUGUCUAGCUACAGAGUUGUACAUGUUUGUAAUGUUGUUCAUAUCAUGAAAUUAUACAGUAUGAACCAAUAUGACGAUGUAUUGCAGUGAUGUUGUAUUAGUAAAGAACCAUCUAUAGAAACAGAGAUAUGUAUGAUUUUGCUCUUCGAUGCCGGCAAA